CAGCUCAAGAUUGAUAUCCACCCGAGAUGACCGAAAGGUUGGCCGCAAGAGGGGUCAUGGUAAACCAAUAUAAAUGGGAUGACGGGCCUGACCAUGAUGACGUAACAAAGAUAUAUGUAGGACUUGGUGAUGAAGGCAUACGUUAUAUUUAUUGUGACUAUGUCAAGAGUGGAAUACAGAAAGAAGGAUCACUCCAUGGUAUAACGUAUCGUGGUUGCACACAGAUGUUUGAGAUUGACCAUCUAAGAAAUGAACACCUAGAAUCUAUUGAUGGUUACUACGCUGACCCUAUUGGUAUUACAGCACUUCAAUUCAAAACAAAUUUCAGGACUUCUGAACUCUUUGGAUUUAAAGAAAAGGGCACUAAGUUUACGCUGGCAGUCAAAGGGAAGAAGAUAAUUGGACUUCACGGGUCUGCUUUUAUGCAUGUUCUUUCUCUUGGAGCAUAUUUAACUUGGAUCACUCCUAUUAGACUGGAUGAGAAAGGAGGUAAGGGAGGCAAGGAGUGGGAUGAUGGAUCAGACCAUGACAAUGUAUCUAAGAUUCAUGUACGAGGUGGUUUUGAAGGCAUACAGUUCAUCAAGUUUGACUAUGUCAAGGAUAGAAAAGUGCUAGAAAAUGGCUCCAUCCAUGGUGUCUCUAGCAGAGGUUUCACACAGACAUUUGAGAUUAACCAUCGCAAUGAUGAAUAUCUAGUAUCUGUGGAAGGUUACUACGACGAUGCGUCUGGAGUCAUUCAAGGACUGCAAUUCAAAACUAACAUGCAAACUUUUGAUAUGAUGGGAUAUGAAAAGGGUAGGAAGUUUACACUUGAAGCCAAUGGAUUUAAGAUCAUUGGGUUUCAUGGAUAUGCAGGGAAGAACCUAAACUCUCUUGGAGUAUAUUUCACGACGCAAACUUCUAAUAAAUUGAAAUGCCAAGGUCUAACUGAAGGUUUACUUUGGGACGAUGGCUCUAAUAAUGAUGGCAUAAAAAAGGUAUACGUCGAUGAUACAGGGGACUGGGAGAUAAGGUGUAUCAGGCUGGAGUACGUUAAUAACGGCAAAGUGGAAAAGACUCAUCGUCGGUAUUAUGCUGAAAACGAAAAAGAGUUUGUGCUCGACUAUCCAAAUGAACUCAUCACAUCUGUGGAAGGGACUAUGAGUACUGAUUCCAAUACGGAUAUUCGGUCGUUGACACUCAAAACAUCAAAAGGUAGAUCCAUUUCGUUUGGUAGAAAGUCUGAUGAAGAUGUUGCCAAGUUUGUACUGGAGAAAAAAGGUAGUGCUAUUGUUGGGUUCUAUGGAUGGGCUGGACUUUAUCACCUUAAAGCUUUUGGAGCAUACUAUCGUCCAUUUCCUACUCCUCCAGAUGAAAAUUUACUAGAAGCAAAGGGUGGAGAUGGAGGAGCUUCUUGGGACGAUGGUGGUAGUUUUGAUGGUGUUAGAAGGAUAUACAUUGGACUUAGUCAGAACGCUGUUUCCUUCAUCAAGUUUAUUUACUACAAAAACGACCAACUGGUAUUCGGAGAGGAUCAUGGGAACAAGACCAAAAUUGGACUCCAAGAGUUUGAGCUGAAUUAUCCAAGUGAAUAUAUCACAACAGUGGAGGGUACUUAUGAUACUAAAUCCGGAGUUAUCACCAUGCUUAGGUUCAAGACCAAUAAACAAACCUCUCCACCUUUUGGACUCGUUACAACAUCUGGCUUCAUACUCCAAAAGGCUGAUCACAAGAUCGUUGGUUUCCAUGGAAAAUCCAGCAACAUGCUUCAUCAAAUCGGAGUACACCUAAGUUUGAUCAGCUGAUUAAUUUAUGUUUACUUCCACCACACGUUUGUCUCCUAUGUUGUUUAAGAGACAAUCUAUGUAAUAAGACAUGUUUUUAUUUCUUCUAAGA